CUCCGAUUCACCCCUUCCAGCAGCAUUAUUGGACGGGUGCUUUCUUUCUUUCAUUCUUUAAUCCCACUCGGUCAACCUCCGCCAAUUCUUCGCAUUGAUUCCAGCUGUGCUGCGGACCGGUGUCGCCCUACCUAUCCCCACAUGUCUCGCGCAUCGGCCAUCUCACUCAUUUCCCGAGAACGGCUUUCAUUCAACAUCAUCAAACCAGCAUUCUGAUAAGUGGCAUUCUUAACUCACUGGUCACGCCGAGGUUGCGCAACCGGCGCAGACAUGAUGGCGACCGCAAUUUCCAAGCCGGCCUCCCAUACCCAGAAGAUGAAGCGGCCGCCCCCGCCUUUCGGCCAGGCCGCGGUCAAUGGAGUCAAGGGCCAGCACCUCUCGUCUUCGCCCACAUCCGCCGCAAAGCGUCUUCCCACGGGAGCCUCCGCCAACGCAACUUCCAAUUUCACAAAUGGCGUGGCCCAUGUGGCGAGUUCCACCACUAAAGGCCCCCUUAAUCGGACCAGGAAUCAGUCGCAAAGACCCAUGGAUCAGUCCUCGCGCUCUGGCCGGCCAGUAACGAGGACCGCUACAACAGAUCAGGCAUACCGAGUUGGGAAAAAAGCACCUGAACCAUAUGUGAAAACUACAUCCUAUAUCCUCAAGAAAUAUUCGAAAUGCCCCCCAUCCCUCAUUGUGCAUUUACAUCCUACACAUUUUCGAUUUGAACAGCAAGAUGGUAGCUUCCCUUACAACUCCGAGAUGAAGGUCAUCAUCGAGCACAUUCGUGCCGGGACAGUUCCGCAUGAUCUGAUCGAGGAGCUACUGCGAGGCGGUGUGCAGUUCUAUGAAGGUUGCCUCAUCGUCCGUGUCAUCGAUCACAAGUCUGCUUCGGCGCAAGCAAGAAAAGUAUCCACUACCUCAUCCAACGAGAACAACACACCAUUCUCCCUACACAAUUAUAACGAGCAUGUUACCCCAUCGGCUUUUGUUCCAUACCCAAAGCAAAAUCAACUCACGUCGGCCACACAAGGCACCAGGCCCGAUGGGACACCGAUUGCCAAUCAACAGACAGAUAACCUGACGAUUGGUGAGCAGACGGACGACAAAAGCAGCAACACAAGUCAGAAAAAUGAUCCCAUGAAGCCUCGAGUAUUCACCACAGUACUCCAUCCCACUGCCCGAACUUUGCAAGCAGAAUUGACACUGCUGGUCACCACUCCCGACCCGAGAGCCAACAAAGCACCAGCGCAAUCAACCUCCUCUGGUACUUCAGCUACCCCUGGAAGCAGCCAACCAGAUCGUGGUCACGUCACAAAGAGACAGAAAAUGCUGGUUGAGCCCGAGGACCUUUUGGAAUGCGAAUCUAAGAUGAUACAGGCCUUGGCGCCUCCUAUCUUCUUGGACCCUGUGCAUAGUAUCGAAGCUGCCCAAGAGCUGUUUAAGCACCUGGAAAGCCCACUGCAUUGCGACCCGCUGCCGUUGCCCAAGCGCCGAAAGAGAACUGUUGCCGAACUUGCCGCGGACGAAGCCUUGGCAGCCGAAGAGGAGAGAUUCAUGCUCAUCAUGGACGAGCGUCUGGAGCCCACGGCUUCUGGUCCUGGCGGUGCUGCGAAGGCUGCUGCCGUGGAUGACGCGGGUGGCGUGGCACCAUUCGAACCCCGAUUCUCUCGUUUCAAGACGCUUGAAACGAUUCGCAUGCAACAUGAGGAGAAGGCUAAGCGUGAACACGAAAUGAAGCUGAAGCAAGAGUUGGCCAAGAGACAGCAGCAGGAUCAGGAGAGAGAGCGGCGCCGUGCGAUCGAGCAGCGGCAAGCCGAGGAACACGCGAAAGAGGAAUCGCGGAGACAACAACUCGCUGCCCAGCAGGCGCAGGCCCAACUCGCUGCGCAACAGCAAAAUCGUCACAUUAUGGCUCAGCCCAAUGGCGUCAGCCAAGGCCAACAGUCUUCGCCUGUUGUACGUAACCAGACCCCACAUGCCACUUCAUCACCACUAGUUGGUAACAUUAUGCCGCAGGCGGUUCCAAUGACCAUGACCGCAUCUGGGUCUGGCAGUCCACCGCGACCUCCAUCUUCUUUACAGCAUGCGCAUCCGAAUGUUAUGAGCCACCCGAUGGCACCUUCGAGAAGCCAGCAAGGACCAAGCCGACAUGGUACUCCACAGAUGACUCAAGGCACACCAGCUAUGUCGCAUGCCACACCAAUCAUGCGUAAUGUUACGCCUACUCAGCGGAUGGGCCAUGGCAGUCCAACUCACUCGAUGGGUCAGACUCCGGUGAUGAAUCAGGGCAUGGCAGCCACGCCGCAAAUGAACGGGGGCAUGCCUUUCACCCCCCAACAGCAAAUGAUGCUGCAACAUCGACAGCAAGCGCUUCUUCAGGCGCAACAACAAGGACAUAUUCAGCACAAUCAGUUCACACCACAGCAGCUAGCCCAAUUGCAAGCUAAUGCCCACGCCCAACAAAAUAUCCAAUCUCAUCAACACCAAAUGCUACAGCAGCAACAGCAGCAACAGCAGCAGCAGCAGCAGCAACAGCAACAGCAACAGCAACAAACCCAUCAGGGUGUUCCUAAAGUUACUCAACAAGGCCAGCAAGCAUACCAGGCUCAGCUCAUGCGUGCUCAAUAUGCGCAGAUGCAAAUAGUCAAACAACAGCAGCAAGGCCAGCACCCACAAAUGCAGGGCCAGCAAGCCCAGCCACACCAAGGCAAUCAGCAGUUAACAAACCAGCAACAGCAGCAAAUGCUGAUGGCAGCUGCACAGGCGAAUGGCGGCCAAAUGGGUCAAAACGGACAGCCCAUGAACCAAGCACAAAGAUACACCCAGCUCUACCAACAGCGACUGCUUCGCAUGCGACAUGAUAUGUCGACACGCUACAUGGCUCAGUAUGGCCCGCCAAACCAGUAUCCUUCCAAUAUUGCGCAGCAGUAUGGCCCUGGGCUGGAAAAGACCGCCAAAGCGUGGGUCUCCGAGGUCAUGCGACGUGAGCGGGAUGGUGGACAGCAACAACAGCAACAGCGGGCUGCGUUGCAAGCCCAGCAAAUGCAAGCGCAGGGCUCGAUGCACAGUAUGGGUGGAAUGAACAACUGA